AUGCAAGAGUUCAGUGAACAGGUGCACAGCUGUCCUCCUGUUGGACAUUCAAAUGGAACCGUGGAAGGCAGCACACCCAGGCAGAGCCAGAGCCCAAUCUCAUUCAAAUCACCCUUUGCCUGUUUGACAGAACGCUGCAGACAAUUAAGAUACACCUGCCAUCCAGACUUCAUGACCUGCCUGAUCAUCGCCCGCCAAAAUAUAACACCAACUCUGACUGUGGAGCCACAGACGUCUGUGUUCAUUGGAGAUAAGGUUAGUCUGACCUGUGAGGUUCCUCAGUCCACUGGAUGGGAGUUUCUUUUCAGAAGAUCUCCACACCAUGAUUCCACUGAAGCUACAGGAAAUAAAACAAUCUCAUCUGUGCGAGUCUCUGAUGGAGGAGAGUACAAGUGCAGAGCCAGAAAAAGAGAAGACGUUUAUGUUUUAACACAAUACAGUGAACCAAUAACAGUGACAGUACAUAUACGACCAACACCUCGAGUGUCUUUUUGGCCUGCUGAUCAUGUAUUCAGAGGAGAAACUGUCAAUCUCACAUGUGUCAUCAAUGGAGGAGUAGUCAGCAGCUGGCAGUACAGCUGGUAUAAAAAUGAUUCAGACAUUCAGCAGAAUAAACUUCAGUAUUACACAAUCAGUUCUGUUACUGAGUCUGACGCAGGUAAAUACACCUGUAGAGGAAAAGAAACAAGAGGAUCACGAUACUCAAACACAAGUAAUGCAGUUACACUGACAGUAUCAGAGAGUCCUAAACCUGUAGUGAGUGUUGAUCCUGACAAACAGCUGUUCAGAGGAGAAACUGUUACUCUGAGAUGUGACAUACAGGAUACAGGACACACUGAGUGGACAUACAGCUGGACUGUAAAGAAGAGAAAUAACAGAAAUAUAAUCACACAAUGCAACACACAAGAGUGUAAAAUCAACAACAUUCAACAGACUGACAGUGAUAAAUACACCUGUAGAGGAAAG